AUGAUUGAUGAAGAUUCAGACCAUUGGACAUUAAGGAAAUGUUCUCAAGACUUGCAUGACAAGUUAUUUGCCAGUUUCGGAAAGGUCCAAUACACUGACUCGGUCGCGGCGCUCUUGGCCGAAGCUCACAGUCGAGGAACAACACCGGAUCAAAUCAAGUCAUACCUCCACGCCAUUCCAUUCUCACCAUCCAUGGUCAAAGCCCUCGAACUCAUGCACGCCCAAAACAGCGACAUUCUCAUCUUGUCAGACGCCAACACGGUCUUCAUCGAUGAGAUACUGAAAUCUCGAAACGCCAAACAGUAUAUAACUAGAGUCAUAUCGAAUCCAGCAUACUGGAGGGACGAUGGAAUGCUGGUGGUGAAGCGACAUACUACAAACCCACCGCAUGGAUGUAAAGACAAACGGUGUGGGAUCAACCUUUGUAAGGGCAAAGAGCUAGAUGCGCAUGUUGCACAGUAUGGCCCGUACGAUAGAAUUGUGUAUUGCGGAGAUGGUGCUAAUGAUGCCUGUCCGAUAUUGAGACUAGCACCCAAGGAUGCAGUAGUGUAUAGAACUGGACGAAGGCUGGAAAAGAUAUUGAAUGCGGAUGCGCAGGAACGGAAUCCCACUGUAAAGACAAGUAUUAUCCUGCCAUUUACAACCGGUGAGGAUGCUCUGGCGCAUUUCACAUCCAUAUUAAAGUCUCGAUAG